ACUGUCAGCCUCAGCAGUCCCCACACCGGAGCUAGACACUGGUGCAGCGCCAAUCCAUACAUGCACGUGUGCGUUUUCUGGGUGCCAGGUUCUCGAGAACGCUCAACGUUCAAGCGCGUAAAAGUGUGCGAGUUGAUCUGCAUGAGAAUGAGCGUAUGAACGUUUCUGGAGCAUCUUUUGCGUGGAGGAGCAUGUGUGCAGACUGAGAGACAGUGAGAGGAUGCAUGGUGGGCAGGUGUUUUCGUGAUCGGUGGAGUUUUUGGUGUACUAUCGUUGUGCUGUCUGCCCUCCCCUUCCUCCAAUUUGAUUAUUUUGUGAGGACAAAAAGCAUCCUGCCAGGAUGUCCACCUCACCUGGUGCAAGAGACGGGAGCCAAAGGAACUCUUUGGAGCUGGAUGCGGAGCACGCACAGAGGGUCCCUGGGGCCGAACAGGGAGGAGUCCCACCACCCCAGGUCAAGCUGAAAGAAAGGCAGAAGUUCUUUGAGGAGGCCUUUCAGCAAGACAUGGAGCAGUAUCUGUCCACUGGCUACCUGCAGAUCGCUGAGAGGAGAGAGCCAAUAGGUAGCAUGUCGUCCAUGGAGGUGAAUGUGGACAUGCUGGAGCAGAUGGAUCUGAUGGACAUGUCUGACCAUGAGGCCCUGGAUGUAUUUCUGCACUCUGGGGGAGAGGACAACAGCGCUGCCUCACCUGUCGCAGGUCCAGAUGUUGAGUCCUUCACCACAGAGAUCAGCCUCCAGGUUCCCACCCAGGCCGAGCUAAGACACAAGCUGUCCUCCCUGUCGUCCACCUGCACCGACUCGGCCAGCCAGGACACGGAAGCAGGGGAGGACGACGAAGACGACGAAGAGGAGGAGACUGAGCAAGGAGGAGGAAGUAGAGGCGCUGGAGGAACAGGGGGAGGAGGGAGGAGGAGAAGACCCCCGGUGGUAGUGACCCUGGAUGAAGAGGAGGUGCAGCCCGACACAGCGCUGGUGGACAGGGCGGAUCAGGAGGAGCAGACCAGCAAAGACUGUGAGGAGAGCAGGCCGAAGUGCAUGUUGAGACUGGGAGAAGCCCGACACAGUAAGUGAUGAGGACAUAAAUAUACACUAAAAUCUUCCAUUUGACCCCUUGAGGUAGUUUCCUUUCACACUCCAUGCUAAUAUGUUAGCAUUUGCUAUGCUCAUAGACCAUAGCUGUUCUAUACAUUACAUAUACUUGGAACUUGAUGUUUUUAACUGCUUGCAGAGAUCAAGAGGCAAUCACCAGCUCUGUCAGCAUUACAAAAUAUUACUGCAGGUGAAAUAAGUUGUUAAUCAUUAGAAAUAAGACUUUUUGGACUUCAUGUUAUCACCCAAAUUCACCCAAAAAGUAGGUUUUUUUUAGCAUACCUCCACUAGCAUCUUUGGGUUUUCAGAUAUAUGUACUUGGAGAUUUCGACUGCAAUCCCUCUGAGAGAUCUUUUCGUGCUUACAGCUUUGAAACAUGACAUUAAAUCUGUGUAACUUGUCUUCUCAAAAAAAAAAACAAGAAACGUCCUGAUGGUGUUGAAUAAUUUACAAGCUUCUCUGUCAACAGAUGCCACAGAAACUAUUUCUUUGAUAUCUGAAAACGUGGGCUACUAUAACCUAUUUUCAUAAUAUGUAGUUGAAUUGGCGAUUUAAUACAGCAAAUGCAAAAUAAUUCAUCGAGGGUGCUUGACAGAUGAUCUGCAGGGGUCAAAAGGGUGAAACUUUGAUAAUUUUGUGGAUAAAAUGAACCUCAAAAAGCUUUGUUUUUACUGGUUGGUGAACUAGUCUACAAUAUUUGAAUAAUAAACUACCAAUUUCCUACUUUUGUGCCAUUGGCAGUGAUACACGGUGUAAGAGCCGGCAGCCACCUGGCAGUGGGUUGUUUAACACAGUACUGUAUAGCUAGACACACUGAUGAAGUUCAGGUAUAAUGAUUUCAAUGAUUUAACACACACACACACACACACACAGGCAGGAGAGUGACCCUUUGCCAUCCCUUUGACCAGUAAUAUUUGGGUGAACUUCUCCUUUUCAACAAGGACCAAAUCCCUGUUGUGGACUGUGUGCUAUGCACUGGACAAAGGCCGGAAGGUUUAACUGUAUUCAGACCUUUUUGUCAGGAAUUGUUGACAUUUGUGCGAUGUGACAGCAUUACUCUCGUUUUCCUCUGCCUACAAUUUCUGACUCGUUGGUAAUAAAUGUUUCUCCCCCA